GGACAUUAGGGAGAAAGAUACGAAUUUCGUUUUCCUUUCUCGUACCUGGGAGAGAGAAAAAGGGGAAUGUUCUGGCGAGUGCAACGAAGGUGUUCGACGAAAUGUCCAAGAGAGGUGCUUGUCUCUCAGGAACUCGAUGAUCCUUGGAUAAUUCAGGAGCGGGAAUAAUGGAAUAGACGAUGGAUUUCUUCGAAAGAAUGGAUACUAGAAAUAAUAUGACCUCUUGGCAAAGAAAGAAAGCACAGGAAUGUUCUUCACGAAAUGCAGAGUUUGUGCCGUGUGGAAUUGAUACUACCAGACCAUAUAAGGUAACAACAUGCUGGUUUACUUGUCAGCCUGUGUUUCUCCUUGGGACAACUGAUCAUGGCGACUGGACUGAUACCCAGUUCCUUAAAAGGGAGCGUGGAUGUGAUAUGUAUGGAACGACCAUGAUUUCUGCAUUCGACAUGUUUGAAGAAAUGAAGGGGAAAUGUUGCUCUCAGCAUGAUGAAGGUUACUUGACCGCGCCACUAGUUCAUCACUAUCAUUCUUCCACUGUUGAUACACCUGUAAGGGGUGCAACCAGCCAUCCAGCCAGGUGUCAAUGUGGAAGCUGAUGAAGGUUUCUACAGUACGGCCAACGAAUUAUGACUUAACAGCCAGUGAGUUCCAAGGAAGAUCAUCCACAGGUAACAUCAAUUGUUACACAGACUACAUCUAACUUUCUGCAAUUUGCUAUCUGCAAAUUCACAUAGUGGCUACUGGCUACUGCUUUUAUCCCCACACUGGCAGUAUUAGCUAUCAUGAAGGUACUGGUCGUAGCUGAAAAUGGUGCAAUUCGUUUUUUACUGUUUGGCAUUAACUGAAAAGUGAAAUCAGGAUCCAAAGGCUACGGCACGCGGUUGGGUUGAUAAAAGCAGUGAAAUUUUAUUUUUUUCUUCAAAGAAUCCGUGAUUGGUAUUUGGUAGACAACAAGAUAAACUUCCAUUCAUUACUGAGAGAGAAAAAAAAAAAAAAGACAAAAUAAACUUCGAGAUUAAGAAAUGAAAGUAAAGGAAAUAGAACUACAUCACAAAAAAGGAUAUAAAACUAUGGUCAAUAAGUCAAUAACUGAAUAUGUAUGAUCUUCUGCAGAGUAGCUUCCUCUGGUUUCUGUAUUCUCCUAUUCCCCCAUGAUGAAUGGUCUUGUUGCGGCAGUUCUCCUGCCUGUUCUUGUUCUGGGUUAUUUCCAGACUUCCAUCAUCUUGCUUCUUUGUGGGUUGCUGAUCUUCGUCCUUGGGGUGUUUGUUUCGCGGUAUGCGUUGUUCUACGUCAAGGAAUCGGUGGUGGCGAAUCAUCAGCGGCCCCCGAUUGUUGGCCCAAUUUUGAUGCAACUGGUUCACUAUGAUUCCCUCUUCGAUUAUAUGACAUCUCUGGCUAGGAAACACCCAACCUAUCGUUUCCUCACUCCAUCCCACAGUGAAAUUUAUACCGUGGAUCCAGUUAAUGUUGAAUACAUGCUGAAAACCAACUUCGCCAACUAUGGGAAGGGGGACUAUAAUCUAGGAAUUAUGAGCGAUCUCUUCGGGGAUGGGAUUUUUGCAACGGAUGGUGAUAAAUGGCGUCACCAGAGAAAGCUUGCCAGCCAUGAAUUCUCGACCAAAGUUCUCAGGGAUUUCAGUACUAAUGUUUUCAAGGUCAACGCUGCGAAGUUGGUUGCAAAGAUCAGUGUUGCAGCGGCAGCUAUGGAGACCAUAGAUAUGCAGGAUAUGCUGAUGAAAUCAACUUUAGACUCGAUGUUCAAGGUGGGAUUUGGGAUGGAACUCAAUGCUUUAUCUGGAUCUGACGACCUCGGGCAGCAAUUUGUCAGAGCAUUCGACGAUGCAAAUUCUAUUACCUUCAGGAGAUUCGUUGAUAUGACGUGGAAACUCAAGAGGAUCUUCAAUAUAGGUUGGGAAGCUAAUCUGAAGCAGAACAUGGAAGUCAUCGAUGCCUUCAUAUAUAAGCUGAUUGAACGCAAGAGAGAACAAAUGAGAAAUGGAGAAACUCUUCUGGGGAAGGAAGACAUACUUUCCAGGUUUCUGUUGGAAAGUGAGAAAGAUCAGGAGAACAUGACUGACAAGUAUCUGAGGGACAUAACCCUCAAUUUCAUCAUAGCAGGAAAAGACACGACUGCAAAUUCCCUCACUUGGUUCUUCUACUCCCUCUGCAAACACCCUCUGAUCCAAGAAAAGGUUGCACAGGAUGUCAGGGAAGCUACAACAGCCAAUCAGAAGGGAGUAGUAACAUCGGCUGAGGAGUUUGUGGAGCUGCUGACUCAGGAAGCUCUGGACAAGAUGCAUUACCUUCAUGCGGCUGUAACAGAAACUCUCAGACUCUACCCUGCAGUUCCUGUGGAUGGCAAGAGUGCUGCUGAGGAUGACGUUCUCCCUGAUGGGUUUAGAGUGAGAAAGGGAGAUGGAGUAGCCUACAUAGCUUACCCCAUGGGAAGAAUGACUUCUAUUUGGGGUGAAGAUGCAGAGGAGUUCCGGCCAGAACGAUGGCUGGACGAGGAUGGCCUGUUCAGGGCCGAAAGUCCCUUCAAGUUCACUGCUUUUCAGGCGGGACCUAGGAUCUGCCUGGGGAAGGAGUUUGCUUACAGGCAGAUGAAAAUCUUCGCAGCAAACCUACUCUACUUCUUCAAGUUGAAGCUGGUGGACGAGAGCAAAGAAGCGACGUAUCGUGUCAUGUUCACGCUUCACAUGGAUGGAGGCCUUCAUUUGCUUGCCCUCCCCAGGCUCCACAGCUGAUGAUUGCCUAUGGAACUACCCUGGAGUUUUCAUUGCACUGCCUCUUUGUUUUACAUUGCAUGUGUUAAAAUGGUCUUCCUUUUCCUUUUCCUUUUCUGCAUCUUAAGUUAUUCGAAUACUGCAAUCUUGUCACAGAAAUAAGCUGAUAUCUGAUUCGAGAGCAGUAACUGUGAUAAUGGUGUUGGGCAUCAAAUUCAUAUUGCAGAACGAAUGCCAGCAAUAUCUGUUGGAUUUGACGACAAGACUUUCAAAGCAGCAAGACAAUUACGGACAAACCUCGAGGUAUGGUGCCAACUAGGAGGAGGAUUUGAUAAAUAAUGCAAAGGUAGAUAAGGAUGACAAUUGAGAUUCCUGUGAUCAAGUGCUACUUAGAUGGGAUGAUUUGAUAAGUGAUGAGCAACUUAAGGAAAAUAUGGUUGUAUGGAAACGGACUAUCACGAUCAUAAGCCAGAAGUUACGAUACAGUGCAAAGUUCGAGGACGAAAUUUAUAUAAGUAGGGAGAAAAUUGAUUAAGUUAUCAACCGCAUUAUCAUGGUAUAUUUUUCCACACGAUGACUUCUAAAUCAAUCAAUAAUUACCACUCAUCACACAUUACGUGAUUUAAGUCAAUAAUUAGUCCUUCAUUAGAGGCUUCUUUGAACAUUGCAAGGCUGAGAAUUUGGAGAGCGGGGAAAAUGUGGGUCGCUCUUUUCUAUUCUUCUUCCUUUUACAAGGUUGAAAUUAUAUAUUCUGCACGAGAUAUUCAAUUCUUAUUUAUGCUAAACAAUUUUAUAUUCUUAUUUAUGAAGUAAUAUGCUAAACAAAAUAUAAAAUAUUAAUCUAAUACAAUUUUCAAUUGGGUGAAUCGAUAAAUGAAACUAUAUAACACCAGGUUGAAGCUAUAAACCAAUGAAAGUAAAUUGGAAUAGACGACCAAUUAAGGCUCAUAUUCAAAAAUAUGACUAUGCAAAAUAAAAUAUUUAUUUGCAUAGUUGGAAAACUCACAAAAAUUGUCAAUUGAUAAGGUUCGAAAAUGAAAAUGAAUCCUUGAAAUACACGUGAUUGAAAUACGCGUGAUCAAUCGACUUUUAGUUGAUAGCCAGAAACUCACAAAGAUUGUCAAUCUAUAAGAAUUCAAAAAUAAAAUUUGGAGCACCAAUAUACACGUUAUAUUAAUACACAUGGUAGGUCGUUUUUAGAUUAAUAGCAAUUAUGUCUAUUAAUAGAAUGUCGAAAAUGAACACACUUCGUCGGAAUAUGUGUCAAAUAAGAACAAUGAUAUGAAUUUCAUGAAAGAAAGAAAAAAAUCAAAUAAAAAGAGAAUUGCUAAAAGGUUCCUAUAUAAAUUAUUUAAAGGCUGAAGACUUGAUUGAAUAUAUGUAAUAGUAUAAAUAGGGAUGGUAAAAAUAUCAGUAAUCGUGAAUAUCCGCCCGAAUCUGACCUAAUAAGAUAGAGUAAAAGUCAAACCCGAAGGACUUUUAGUGGGUACGGGUAAAACUCGAACCCGAAUAUUGGGGUAAUGGGUGGGCAUGGUUUUCUCACUAUCCAACCCAAAACCGCCCGAUUAUAUACAUGCAUAUAUUUUUUGUCUAGAAAUAAUCAAUAUUUUACUCUAAGAUAUUUUAUGUUUAGCAUAUAAAUAUAAUAUUUUUAUGAAAUUGCGUUGCUUUAAUUAAUUUUCUUCAUUCUAUGAAUAUCGUACUUUUCAUCUUACAUAACGCGAGAAUACGUGUGAAUAUUAAUAUAUUGAUUGAAGUUAUAAAGAGAAAUUAUUACCCAUAGAUAACCAUGGAUACCCGAAACCUGAACGGGUAUGGGCAUGGUUUGGAUUUUCUACCUGUUUCUUAUGUGGGUAUGGGUAUGAGUAAAACCCGAACUAUUUUGGAUAAUGUAACGAAUAUGCACUUUCCGUCUCCGACCCGACCCAUUGCCAUCCCUAAGUAUAAAGGACUUGAUUGUAU